AUGCACGUUGCUCACCACCCAACAAUCACCCCAGAGCAUCUGCACGACCACUCCCACCUGAGGAUGCAGACAGUAGGGAUGUUUGUCAAGUCUCUAAAGGACGUGGCACUUGGUAGACAAACACCCCAUGAUGUACUGGUCAGAGGACCGCCCAGAGACCCCUACCAGACCACUGCACCAACAAGGAGCCCCACCAGACCCAGGGCCACUUCAACGUCCCACCAGACCCAGGGCCCCUUCAACGUCCCACCAGACCCAGAGCCACUUCAACGUCCCACCAGACCCAGGGCCACUUCAACGCACCACCAGACCCAGGGCCACUACAACGCAACACCAGACCCAGGGCCACUUCAACGUCCCACCAGACCCAGGGCCCCUUCAACGCCCCACCAGACCCAGGGCCACUUCAACGCACCACCAGACCCAGGGCCCCUUCAACGCCCCACCAGACCCAGGGCCCCUUCAAUGUCCCACCAGACCCAGGGCCUCCUCAACGUCCCACCAGACCCAGGGCCCCUUCAACGUCCCACCAGACCCAGGGCCCCUUCAACGUCCCACCAGACCCAGGGCCUCCUCAACGUCCCACCAGACCCAGGGCCCCUUCAACGUCCCACCAGACCCAGGGCCACUUCAACGCACCACCAGACCCAGGGCCCCUUCAACGCCCCACCAGACCCAGGGCCACUUCAACGUCCCACCAGACCCAGGGCCACUUCAACGUCCCACCAGAGCAUCACCACUUCCAUCGUCUUAGCCAGACCGGACUGGGCCCAGCCUACUACCCCGCACCAGACCACCACCCCUAACAGACCAGAGAGGAAGCCCCACGGCCCAGAACUGGCCCUCCUCCACUCCACAGGGCCCAACAGCAGGACCAGCGCAUCUACGCAGAGCAGAGGUCGUCAGAGGACAGGAGAACCCUGUAGGAUUAAGUGA